AUGGCUCUUUCUACUUAUUUACUUUAUGACCAUGUCUUCCUCUUUCUUUUCAUUUUUCAUCUGCAUGCACCACCUUGCUUCGCCGCCGCUGGAGGAACAUGGAAACUCCUGCUUGAAAACACUGGCAUCUCUCCCAUGCACAUGCAACUGCUUCCUACAGAUCGUGUUAUGAUGUAUGAUCGUCCGGAUUUUGGAACUUCCAAAAUCCUUCUCCCAAAAGACAAAUGUGACCCCAAUUUAAAAGACUGCUCUGCGCAUUCCGUGGAGUAUGAUGUUGCGACGAAUUCCAUACGUCCACUUAUGUUGCAUACGGAUACUUGGUGCUCCUCUGGAGCUCUUAUGCCCCAAGGACACUUGAUCCAAACGGGUGGAUUUGGUAAGGGUGCUAAGUAUGUACGAUCUUAUAAAUCAUGUGAUACAUGCGAUUGGGAAGAGAUACCCAACGGGUUGAUUGAGGACCGGUGGUAUGCUACGAAUCAUAUAUUGCCUGACGGUCACCAAAUCAUAAUUGGCGGUCGUGGGAAGUUCAACUACGAAUUCUACCCGAAGAAGUCUCCAGCUGAGAAGACUUAUGAGAUGCCGUUUCUAGCUGAGACCAAAGACCCAAAUGAGAACAAUUUAUACCCGUUUACUUUUCUCAAUCCCGAUGGAAAUUUGCUGAUAUUUGCCAACAAUCAUGGCAUUUUAUAUGACUAUCUAAAGGAAAAAGUAAUCAAGACCUACCCAACGAUGCCUGGAGGUCACCCGAGGAAUUACCCAAGUACUGGCUCUGCGACACUACUUCCUUUAAAGAUGAAAGGCGGAUAUGUAGGUGAUGUUGAUGUUGUAAUAUGCGGGGGUGCACCAAAAGCGUCAUAUUAUAAUGCAUUGAAGGGAAAGUUUGAUGAAGGCUUGGACACGUGUGGACGGAUUAAGGUAUCAGAUCCGGACCCCAAAUGGGUCAUGGAGACCAUGCCUAUGGCUCGAGUCAUGGGUGACAUGAUCAAUCUCCCUAAUGGACAUGUUCUGAUGAUCAAUGGUGCUAAAAAUGGUGUUGCAGGGUGGGAUAUGGGGAGGAACCCGGUUCUCCACCCUGUAAUUUAUCGACCCGAUAAUAAAUUUGGGACCCGAUUUGAGGUGCAGAAUCCCAGCACCAUACCUCGAAUGUACCAUUCCACUGCAAUCGUACUAAAAGAUGGUCGUGUUCUUGUUGCUGGAAGUAACCCACAUGAAAAAUACGUAUACAACAAAAAUGCACUUCACCCUACUGAAUUGCGAUUGGAGUCAUUUUCACCAUCUUAUCUGGAUCACAAUGCAGAAGUUUUACGCCCCGAAAUAAUGUUGCCAAAGAACAACUUUGCGAUGCACUAUGGGAAACCGAUGGUUAUUCAGUUCGACGUACCAAGCCCCGUCGAUCCAAAAAUGAUCUCCGUUACUAUGUUGGCACCUCCAUUUAACACACACUCAUUUUCUAUGCAUCAAAGGUUGCUGGUCCUUGACACCGGUGAUUCCACCAAGGCUGUUGGAAAGAAUAGCUACACAGUCGACGCGAUGGCACCACCUUCUGGCAACGUUGCUCCGCCAGGGAACUAUCUGGUGCAUGUGGUCCACAAAGAAAUUCCCAGUCAAGGUAUAUGGGUAAAGAUCCAGUAACAAGUGCGAAG